AUGCCUUCUAUUGCAGCGCGCCACCCUUGCACGCGUACGGUCCCUUACCGCCUAUCGGGGCAGUCCGAAUUGCUUUUCGACGAAACGCAGGGCGGAGGCGGAGAUGAGCAGAACUACUCCCGUCUCUAUAAUCUACGACCCCGUAUACGGAUACUCCACCUGAAAUCUGCACCACCACAGAUUCGUGGAAUGCUGCCUUUAACCCGACCGCAAUCGUUGCACUCUGCCGCGCCGAGCGCUUCGAGCGUAGCCGCUUGCGCAGCUGCACUUGGAUUCGGUUUGAUCCGACCUGUUUUCUUUCUCACGCAAUGUCUUUGGACGAUAUGCUUGCAACCUUCUGGAUUGCACUUUUUGUGGUUCUAA